AUGAAUGGAAUAUUACUUUUCUCAUCUUUUGUUCUUGGAAUUGGAGUUGUACUUUUGAUUAUUGGCUGUGAUAAAACGAGUAUAAACGAAGGAAUGAACCUAUCAAAUGUAACUAGAACUACUGUUCAAAUAAUUGGAAUUAUUUUUACAGUCUUGGGAUCAAUUACCUUUUUUUAUUCUGUUUAUAGACAGUUUAUUCAUGAACAUAAAAAGAAAUAUAAAGAUGAUGAUGUUAAAUAA